UUUACUUUUGAUUUUUUAAUUAUUUUUCAGAAAAAACUAAUAUACUUAGGGAAUCAUUAUGCCACCGCAAUUCUGUUUCUUCGAAUCAAAAGUCUGUGCUUUGUGUACAAAAAAAAAGUGCUUUGAGGUCAUUUAGCCUUAUUAUACCAUUAGCCAACGUUCACAUUUUAGAGUUUGCUCAUAGCUAUACCAAAACCGUGACAUUCAUUCAAAGGUAUGAUUUAUUAAAAUCAUUUUUACAUUCAAAUGAUCAAUAUGCAAAACAAUAGUCCUUUUACACUCUUGAGUUUCAAUCAUAUCCAAGCAUGGCUCACUUUGGUUCUUGUUAUUACUCUCAUACAAAUCUCACCACCGGUAAUCGGUCAAGCAAUAGGACCGGAAGAUCCAACGGAGAACAACAGAUCAGUAGCCACCAUAAUGGGAAUUGUAGUCCUUAUGUUCCUCUUCUCCGGUUUCCUUUCUCUCUACUCGGCAAAAUGCACCGAUCAUCAACAAGGAGUUAUUUUUGACCUGACUUUACCUAACGGAGCAAAUGGUCUCCGGUCACAAAACAACGAGCCAAGUAACGGUCUUAACCAAGAAGUUAUAGACACAUUCCCAACUUUUCGUUACUCCAAUGUCAAGGGACUCAAGAUCGGGAAAAGCACAUUGGCUUGUGCUGUUUGUUUGAAUGAGUUUCAAGACGAUGAAACAUUGCGUUUAAUUCCUAAAUGUAACCAUGUGUACCACCAUGGUUGCAUCGAUAUUUGGCUUGUCUCUCAUGAUACUUGCCCAGUUUGUCGUGCUAACCUUGCUCCAAGACCCGAUAUUGACACCACCGAGCCUACAAUGAUAUCGAAUCAGAUACCAGAAGGAGAAGAUAAUCGUCAAGAAUUGAGUAUACAAAUUUCAAAUGAUGAAGAAGUAGAACAUAUUGUUGAAGAGGAACAAAAGAAAGCCAACGUGGAAGUGGAAAAUUCACCUAAGGUAGAUGUACUUCGUAGGUCUAAAACAUAUUCUGCACCAACACGGUCAAGAUCAACAGGAUUCUUAUCUAUUCUCUUGUUAUCACGGUCAAACUCAACAGGUGUGUUGGUGCAACCAGGUGAGGAUUGUGAGAGGUUUACACUGAGGUUACCCGAUAAAGUUCGAAAGCAGAUGAUGUUGAACACGACGACACUUAAGCGUGCAAAAAGUUGUGUAAGUUUUACGAGAAUGAGCAGUGGCACGUUCGGAUAUAGGUCAAGAAGUUUUGGUUGUGGAAGUGGGAUUGGUCAAGUGCAGUACGAAAGGUUUGGAAGUGAGGAAGAAGAGAAUUACUUAGGGUUUCUUAGGAAUAGUUGGAAUAACAAAUCGGUGAGAAAAUCUCCUAUGAAGUGUUUGGGAGUUGAUAUCGACAACGAUGAUGACGAACGAUCCUCUGAUCUUUUGUUUCCUGUGUAGUUAAUUGCAAGAGUGGAUGAUUGUCACAUGUUGAAAUACUUGUUCUACUCCAUUCAAUAAAAACUUCGAUUGUGAAAAAAAAGAAUGGAUGAUUGGUUAGGUUAAACUUAUGUUAUUUAAUUAGGUCUAGAGUGUUAUUUGAUUAUCCCUUGUAAUAGUACUCAGUUGUUCAUGUUCAUGUAUAUGUUUUUACAUAAUUAAGAAAAUAUAUGUAAGAUUUAUUUGAGAGCUUAAUGUAGAUUUGGUUUAUUCAAAAUUUUGAAACUUUUAAGA